UCGUUUUGAAUUUCAGCUUUCCAGUUUGAUAAAGGUAUAUUAUAUUUCCAUGGUCUUCUUUUAACCAUGGCGCUUGUACCAUACGAUGGAAAUUACUUGCCCGCGCUCUCCAAACUACACAACUCGUCUGUUGAGUUUGAUUUUGCUCAACACCAUGUUCGUUUAACUCAAGACUGGAAUACUCUUGGGGUAGCUGCUGUCGUCUGGGAUGCUGCAGUAGUGCUGUGUAUGUACCUGGAGCUGGGCCAGGUUGAGCUGAAGGGCAAAGUUGCUAUUGAGCUAGGGGCUGGCACUGGACUGGUGGGCAUUGUGGCAGCUUUGCUAGGUGCCAAAAAAGUGACCAUCACUGACCGUAAGCCAGCCUUGGACUUUCUGGCAGCCAAUGUGAAAGAGAACAUUCCCCCAGAUCAGCUAGCAGCAGUGGAGGUCUCAGAACUAACCUGGGGUCAGGGCUUAGAGCGCUAUCCGGAAGGAGGCUUUGACAUAGUGCUGGGAGCGGACAUUGUUUACCUGGAAGACACAUUUCCAUCAUUGUUACAGACGAUGAAUUACCUAUGCUCAAAUAGUACGGUGGUCUUGCUGGCUUGUAGGAUCCGCUACGAGCGAGAUACCAAAUUCCUGAACAUGCUUAAGCAAAACUUCAUGGUGCAAGAGAUCCAUUAUGACAAGGAACGAGACAUCUACAUCUACAAGGCUUUGAAGCUUACAAGGAAAGAUCUGUAGAAACCAAUGGUAGGACUGGAGAUUUGAACCAAGUUUAGUCAUUGUGGUGUGUCAGUCAGCCGGACCUAAUUAAUUCACUUUUUACACUGUGACCAUUUAAAUUUGUGUGCUUGCAGAGCUGAUGGGUCUGGUUAGAUAAUAUAGUGGUUCAACCCUUGUAGAUCUGUAGACAUGGAUUGGUUAGAGAUUGGGGCUUGUAGCUGGUUUUGGUAGAUGCAGAUGUAAACUGUCAAAUUUUUGACAAACUCCUUUUUAAUUAAAUGGAUUUUCAACA